UGGCUUAUUCUUCAGUUAAAAGAGAUCCAUUGCGUUCAUCCGUCAUCUGUACACAAUUCACGAUGGAAUACGGAUCGUUGGAACUUGUCCUGUGUUUAACGGCCCUCCUCCUGUUGUAUUACUACGCAACGGCUGGAUUAGACUAUUGGAAGAAAAGAGGCGUUCCUGGACCUCGUCCACUGCCAGCUGUUGGGAAUUUCGCCGGAGUUUUUCUGCAGCGAGAAGCUAUUUUUCAAGCUGUGAGUCGAAUCUAUAAAGAUUACAAGCAGUAUCCGUAUGCUGGUGGUUUUAAAGGUCUGAAACCGAUGCUAGUGGUCAAUGACUUGGACCUCAUAAAGAAUGUGCUGAUCAAGGACUUCAGUACUUUCGCAGGCAGAGGACUAAACGCGGAUGAAGGGAGAGAGCCACUAACUGAUAAUCUCUUUGCUCUCGAUGGGCCUCGAUGGAAGGAUCUAAGAAAGAAAUUGACUCCAGUCUUCACAAGUGGCAAACUUAAACACAUGUUUGAACUCAUUCUUGAGUGCGCUGAUCAUUUUGAAAAAUAUCUCAAGGAUGAGAUUGGCACCGGUAAAGUUAUCGAGUGUAAAGAGCCAAUCGCUAGGUUCACAACUGAUGUCAUUGGAUCCUGUGCCUUUGGUUUGGACAUGAGUGCCAUAGACAGUAACGACAGUGAGUUCAGGAGAAUUGGGAAAAAAAUUUUUGAACCAAAUUUUCGAUUGCUGAUGUCCAGAUUGCUGAGAGAUGUAGCUCCCUGGAUUUACAACUUCUUUAAGCUCAGAAUUACUAAAACGGACGUUGAGGAUUUUUUUGUCUCGGUAGUGAGGGACACAAUAGCUUUGAGAGAGAAACAGAACAUCGUUCGACAUGACCUUAUAGAUACACUCAUCAGUAUGAAGAACAACAAUAAGAUUAACGAAUUCCAAUUCACUGAUCUGAAUUUGACGGCUCAGGCCUUUGUUUUCUUCGUUGCGGGCUUUGAAACGUCUUCGACAGCAAUUUCCUUCGCUUUACUAGAGCUCGCUCACGUCCCUGAGAUCCAGGAGAAAUUGAGGAAUGAGAUUUUGGAAAGUCUCAAGGAGUGUGGUGGCAACAUAACAUACGAAAUUGUUACUAAGAUGAAGUACCUCGAUAUGGUAGUCCAAGAAACUUUGAGAAAGAAUCCACCAGUGCCGAUAUUGCUGAGGCGCGCUUAUCAGUCUUACAAAGUUCCUGAGACAGGCUUGACCAUUGAUAAAGGAAUAGAUCUGCUCAUUCCAUCCUACGCGAUUCAACACGACCCUGAAUAUUAUCCUGAACCUGAACGAUUCGAUCCUGAACGCUUUUCCGAGGAAGCUAAGAGUUCGAGGCACCCUAUGACUUAUCUGCCCUUUGGCGAUGGUCCGAAGAAUUGCAUAGGAGAAAGAUUCGGUCUUUAUCAAACGAAAAUUGGUAUCAUCAAAAUACUUAAGAAUUAUCGCGUCAAACCAACGGACCUUACCCCGUUUCCAAUUGUAGUGCAUAAAAGCCCCCCCAUUCUUUCAGUAAAGGGUGGGGUGCAUCUCAAAUUCGAGUCUAUUCUAUUUACCUUCAGUCUUGAACAUUGCACGAUGGAGUACGGAUCGUUGGAAGUUCUUUUAGGCGUGGCAACACUCUUUUUGUUGUACUACUUCGCAACUUCGGGAUUGGAUUAUUGGACGAAAAAGGGUGUUCCAGGACCGCGUCCACUGCCGAUUUUUGGGAAUUUCGCCAGUGUCUUUUUGAAUCAAAAAGCCCCCUUUCAAGUGUUCGAGCAGAUUUAUAAGGAUUAUAAGCAAUAUCCUUAUGCUGGAGGGUUCAGAGGUCUCAAACCGAUGCUGGUCGUCAAUGAUUUGGAUCUGAUAAAACAUAUAUUGAUCAAGGAAUUCAGUACUUUUGCGGGUAGAGGACUACAUAUAGACGAAAAAAAUGAACCACUUAGUGCGAAUUUAUUCACUCUCGAUGGACCUCGAUGGAAGGAUUUAAGGAAAAAAUUGACUCCAGUCUUUACUACUGGCAAAAUAAAACACAUGUUUGACCUGAUUCUUGAGUGCUCUGAUCAGUUCGAAAAGCAUCUCGAGAAGCAAAUUGGUAAUGGAAAAGUUAUCGAGUGUAAAGAGCCAAUAGCUAGGUUCACCACUGACGUCAUUGGAUCUUGUGCCUUUGGUUUGGACGUGAAGGCUCUAGAAAGUAACGACAGUGAGUUCAGGAGAAUCGGGAAGAAGAUUUUUGAGCCAAAUUUCAAAGCAAUGCUGAAGAGAUUGGUGAAGGAAAUAGCACCUCUCAUCGCUAAAAUCUUUGCACUCAGAGCUACUGACAUACAAGUUCAGAAGUUUUUCAUUUCGGUGAUCAAAGACACUAUUUCAUUGAGAAAAAGAGAGAAUAUUGUAAGGCACGACUUCGUAGACGCCCUCAUCAGUAUGAAGGAGAGUAAUGAUGUUAAUGAAUGGAAAUUCACUGAUGAAAAUUUAGCUGCGCAGGCUCUAGUUUUUUUCGCUGCAGGUUUCGAAACAUCAUCCACAACCAUCUCUUUCGCACUCCUUGAACUGUCUCACGCACCUCAAUUCCAGGAAAUAUUGAGGAAAGAAAUAUUGGAAACUUUGAAAAAGUGUGAUGGGAAACUGACCUACACAAUCGUUAAUGAAAUGACGUAUCUGGAUAAGGUAGUUCAAGAAACUCUGAGGAAAGAUCCACCUGCGACAUUGCUAACGCGUCACGCUUUUGAAUCAUAUAAAGUCCCUGGAACAGACUUCACCAUUGAUAAAGGGAUGGCCGUAUUCAUCCCAGUGUACGCUAUUCAUCAUGAUCCUGAAUAUUAUCCCGAUCCCGAGGUAUUCAAUCCCGAGCGAUUUUCUGAGGAAGCUAAACAUCUGCGACACCCAAUGGCUCACAUUCCCUUCGGCGACGGUCCCAAAAAUUGUAUAGGGGACAGAUUCGCUCUCUAUCAGACUAAAGUUGGGAUAAUCAAAAUACUGAAGAAUUAUCGUGUUAAACCAACAAAGUUAUCACCUCUUCCAUACAAAAUAAAUAUAUCAUCUGUAGUGCUAUCGACCAAGGAUGGAAUUCACCUUGAGUUUGAACCUGUUGUGUAAAUAUAGUAUUAAGUAUUGGUGAAACGUAAUGAUCUAAGUUCGACAGGAUAGUCGCAAUAUUCCAUAUCAUUAUCACAUGAAAAUCUUCAAGAAAAGUGAAGCAAGGAGAAAUAUACUAUUGUAAAAAUUA